AUGGCUGAUGUACAAGAUGAUGUACAAAUUGUUAAAAAACGAAAUGAUUAUGGCCAAUGUACACAAGAUGAGAGCAAGGCAUUGUUAGAAAUUAUGGUUGAUGCAGCAAAUCGAGGGUGGCGUGAUAAUAGCGGUGUGUUUACUAAACAAAUAGUGGAAGAUAGAAUUCUUCUCGCUCUUAAUUCAGAACUUGUGUGUAAGAAGAAUUACAAUCAUUAUUAUAGUCGACUUAAGUGGUUUAAAAGUCGAUGGAUCUCUUAUUCAACUCUUUUGAAGUUUAAUUCCGGUUUUGGUUAUGACUCAAAUACAAAGAAGUUUACCGCUCCCAAUGAAGUAUGGGAUGACUACCUAAAGGCUCAUCCAAAAGAUAAAAAUUUACGUGAUGGGGAAUCUGAUGAUUACGAGGACUUACAAACUGCUGUUGGAGGCGGCGUUGUAAUUGGUAAAAAUUUGAUUGGAUUGGGUAAUGUUACUAAUGCAAGGACAUUAAAAGCUAGUGAAGUGCAAGAUAUGUGCAUUGAUGACUUGAGUUAUGAUCUUGAGGUGUUUGAACAAAACAACUCGCCACUGAUGGGUUCUCCUAAAGUUUUUGAGUUGCCUAAGAAAAAACUUCCAACCAAAAGAGGAAGAAGCAAGUACGAGGGAGGUUCUAACUCAAGUAGCAAUAAUCCUAAAAGUGGUAUUUUUGAACAACUUGCUAAACUCACCACAACUUUUGAAGGGGUGUAUGGCUUAUUGCAAAGAAGGGAAAAUGAAAAGAUGUAUACAGCUUGGGAUGCAAUUAAGGAGGUGCCAAAUUUAAGUGAAGAUGUUCGUUUAGAGGCAUUUAACUUGCUUGACACCAAAACGAAAAAGGAUGACUUUUUGAGAAUGACUCCUGAAGAAAGAGCAAAUUGGAUACUUGAGUAUACAAGAUUUUAUCCUUACUUUAAGGACUGUGUUGGUGCUAUGUAUGGAACUCAUAUCCCAGCUACGAUACGAGGUCGGGCAGUAAGUAGCUAUCGUAAUCGUCAUGGUUUUGAUUCUCAAAAUGUUUUAGCUACUUGCAAUUUUGAUUUGGAAUUCAUAUAUGUGCUUAGUGGGUGGGAAGGUUCUGCACAUGAUUCAAAAGUGUUAAAUGAUGCAUUAAGGAAAUAUUUUCUUGUAGAUCGUAGAUUUGCUAAUCGUCGUCAGUUUUUAGCUCCUCUUCGUGGUGUUCGAUAUCAUCAAAAAAAUUUUGAUGGUGAAGGUCGUCAUCCAAGAAAUGCAAAUGAGCUUUUUAAUCUCCGACAUUCUUCAUUGAGAAAUGUGGUUGAGAGAAUUUUUGGUGUGUUCAAAUCAAGAUUUACGAUAUUUAAAGUUGCAGCUCCAUUUUCAUUUCAAACACAAGCGGAGUUCGUAUUAGCUUGUGCUGGAUUAUACAACUUUCUUCGAAAAGAAUGUCGUUCUGAUAAAUUUCCGGUUGAAAGCACAGAUGACCAGCUUUCUGACACGGAUGAUGAUAUUUAUGAAUUAAAUCCUUUAAGUCAACAACAACAAAGGGAAGAAACUAAUAACUGGAAGAACAAGAAGACGUGCACUGAUGAGUGGCUUAGAUAUUUAUUUGUUAUUAAAUAUUAUUUUAUAUAUUAG